CAUUUCCUGGCGGGCGCCCCCCUUAACCGCCGCCCGCCUCGCGCCGCUCCCCUCACAGGGCGCCGUCCCCGCGGCAUGCCCGCGCCGGCAGCCGUUGGCGCAGGGCUGAAGCGGCGCCCAACGGCGGCCCCGCCGAGCCGUUAACCGCCGCUAACGGCCGCUUGGAGCCUUGCUGAGGGAGUUAUGCGAGGGUAACGCCUGCCCGCAGCCCGUUCGCACCGCCCCCUGCCCUGCGCUGCCCGGCCCCGGCCCCGGCUGUCGCUGCGGAGCUGGCUUCGGGCGGCCCCAAGAUGUUCAGCUGGCUGGGCACCGAUGACCGGCGCAGGAAGGACCCCGAGGUGUUCCAGACGGUGAGCGAGGGGCUGAAGAAGCUCUACAAGACCAAGCUGCUGCCCCUGGAGGAGCACUACAAGUUCCACGAGUUCCACUCGCCCGCCCUGGAGGAUGCCGACUUCGACAACAAGCCCAUGGUGCUGCUGGUGGGGCAGUACUCCACGGGGAAGACCACCUUCAUCAGGUACCUGCUGGAGCAGGAUUUCCCAGGAAUGAGGAUUGGACCAGAGCCUACAACUGACUCCUUUAUAGCGGUUAUGCAAGGAGAUGUGGAAGGAAUUGUUCCUGGAAAUGCACUGGUGGUGGAUCCCAAAAAACCAUUCAGGAAACUCAAUGCCUUUGGCAAUGCCUUUUUGAACAGGUUUGUAUGUGCCCAGCUACCUAACCCUGUGUUAGAGAGCAUCAGUGUCAUUGAUACACCCGGAAUCCUUUCUGGAGAAAAACAGAGAAUUAGCAGAGGUUAUGACUUUGCUGCUGUCCUGGAGUGGUUUGCAGAGCGGGUCGACCGCAUCAUUCUUCUUUUUGAUGCGCACAAGCUGGACAUCUCAGAUGAAUUCUCUGAGGUCAUCAAGGCCCUGAAGAACCACGAGGACAAGAUGAGAGUUGUUCUCAACAAAGCUGACCAAAUAGAGACCCAGCAGUUGAUGAGGGUGUACGGUGCCCUUAUGUGGUCCCUGGGAAAGAUUGUCAACACUCCUGAGGUCAUCAGGGUCUACAUUGGCUCCUUCUGGUCCCAUCCAUUGCUCAUCCCUGACAACCGAAAGCUGUUUGAAGCAGAGGAGCAGGACCUGUUCAGGGAUAUCCAGAGCCUUCCCCGCAAUGCAGCCCUAAGGAAGCUGAACGACCUCAUCAAGCGGGCACGGCUGGCCAAGGUCCAUGCCUACAUCAUCAGCUCUCUAAAGAAGGAAAUGCCCUCCGUGUUUGGGAAAGACAAUAAAAAGAAAGAGCUUGUUAACAACUUGGGAGAUAUUUAUGCCCGCAUUGAACGGGAACAUCAGAUCUCACCAGGAGACUUUCCUAACCUGAGAAAGAUGCAGGAUCAGUUGCAGGCCCAAGACUUCAGCAAGUUCCAGCCUCUGAAGAGCAAGCUGCUGGAGACCGUGGAGGACAUGCUGGCCAACGACAUCGCGCAGCUCAUGGUGCUUGUACGCCAGGAGGAGUCCCAGCGACCCACCCAGAUGGUGAAGGGAGGAGCCUUCGAGGGCACACUACAUGGCCCCUUUGGCCAUGGCUACGGCGAAGGCGCUGGCGAAGGGAUUGAUGAUGCUGAGUGGGUGGUGGCCAGGGACAAGCCCAUGUAUGAUGAGAUCUUCUAUACGCUCUCACCCGUUGAUGGCAAAAUAACUGGUGCCAAUGCAAAGAAGGAGAUGGUAAGGUCUAAGCUGCCCAACACAGUGCUGGGAAAGAUCUGGAAACUGGCUGACAUUGACAAAGAUGGCAUGCUGGAUGAUGAGGAGUUUGCCUUGGCAAAUCAUCUCAUUAAAGUCAAGUUGGAGGGUCAUGAGCUGCCAAACGAGCUACCUUCCCAUCUCCUCCCUCCAUCCAAAAGGAAAAUAACAGAAUGAAAGGAGGGUUGCAAGGGAGAGGGGAAGGGAGGGGAGAAAGAUCUAGAAAAACAUGUUUACUUAAAUUAUACCUUUAGAUGUGAGGUCACCUUUCAAUUUAUACCUAUUCUGCUGUAUGACGAAAAAACUAAAGCAGAACAAAAAAAGUCCAAUCAUUCUUCAUAAUGAUAUGCAAUUCACUCUUCCAGUGUAAUGUCCCUGCUUUCUAAUGUGUAGUCUGUAAACAUGAAGGUGAAGAAAGGACACUGAGGCUAGGAUAACCUGGUAAGCAGGACAGAAAGAAAACCUCAAGUGGGCUGCAUCUUUUGAGAGUGGAAUUGGCACUAAUAGAAAUCUGCUAACCACCAGUGUCACUCCUGAGCUUUGACUGCACAUUGUGCUGUUUAUCGGUCUUGCAAACCUAAUGAGACAGAUCCUUGAUAGCAAAGAAGAAACCACAAAAAGGUCUCCAAGCUGUUGGCCAGACUAAGGAGUACCUCCUAAUUAAUAAGAAAUUCCAAAUUCCGAAUCCCUGAGUUAAGAAUUUUAGGAAUCCAGUUCACUGUCAGAUACAAGUUCUACAAGCAUUUCCCUGUCCUUAAAAAAAAAUAAAGCAAUCUGAAAUGGCUCUCAAUUGGA